UCCUUCACUUUGUUUUGAGGGGCCCAGCAGACAACAGCGUAGAAGAGGGCUGAUGCCACCACAGAGUCAUACAAGGUUUUAAGCAGCAGCCUGGACACUCCAAAGAAUCUCAGCCUCCUCAGAAGAUUAUUGUUUAAUAUGAGUGCUAUAUUGUCCGGACUGCGGAUGGAGCUGUCUCAUACAUGUAAACUCCAGGGGGUAGAGAGCAACUAAGUUUUAGAAAUGUCUGUACUGUUUACCUUUGCUAAACAUCCUCUAAAGGAAACCUUUCUUCACACCAAAGUAAGCCUGACCAGAAAGGCUUACCCAUUAUUUCCGGGACGGUGGUCAUUAGGAUGGCCAGUUCAAAGAAGCAUUCGCACACAGACUACUGCUCCAUCAUGGAAGAUAAACCCGAGGCCUGUGUUCACUAGAGCUCUUGGGUUUGGAGAAAAGCUUGCAAUUGUAGACAGCACAGGGAGGCACAGCUACAAGCAGCUGUACUGCAGCAGCUUGGGACUCGCAAGUAGAAUCAGUACAACCUUAAACUGCAGUUUUGGGGAUCUGGAUGGAAGAAGAAUAUCCUUCCUGUGUGCAAACGAUGCUUCCUAUGUGGUGGCACAGUGGGCAUCUUGGAUAAGCGGUGGGACGGCGGUGCCACUCUACCGGAAACACCCUCUUUCAGAAUUGGAGUACAUCGUCUCUGAUUCCCAGACAUCACUGCUUGUAGCAGCACACCCUUAUGGAGAAACCCUCCAACCACUGGCACAGAAGCUGGGGCUUCCUCUGCUGACGCUUCCUCCUGCACCUGACCUUUACACUUUAGCUGAGGUUGCUACUCCUUCGGUUGAGGAGGAGAAUGUCAUCUCAGACUGGGCAGGUCGACCGGCUAUGAUCAUCUACACCAGCGGUACCACAGGGCGCCCCAAAGGGGUCCUACACACACACAGCAGCAUUCAAGCCAUGGUCCAGUGUUUGGUUUCUGAGUGGGCGUGGACUAAAGACGACAUCAUCCUCCACACCUUGCCACUCCACCAUGUUCAUGGCAUUGUCAACAAACUGCUGUGCCCCCUCUGGGUGGGAGCCACCUGUGUCAUGCUUUCUGAAUUCCAGCCUCAGAAGGUGUGGGAGAUGCUCCUGAGCUUCAAGGCUCCAGUGGUUAAUGUGUUCAUGGCCGUGCCCACUAUUUACUCCAAGCUGAUCCAGUACUAUGAUCAGCACUUCACACAGCCUCAUGUCAAGGAUUUUGUCAAGGCAGUUUGCAAAGAGAGAAUCAGAUUGAUGGUUUCAGGCUCAGCUGCUCUCCCUCUGCCCACCCUGCAGCGCUGGGAGGAGAUCACAGGACACACGCUGUUGGAACGCUACGGCAUGACCGAGAUCGGCAUGGCGCUUUCCAACCCUCUGAAGGGUCCACGAAUCCCAGGAGCUGUAGGGCUGCCUCUUCCAGAUGUAGAGGUUCGGAUUGUCAUGAAUAACGCAACCAACACCACGAUUGCUGAGGGGAAUCACAGAGAAACUCGGGUACGUCCAGGUCUUGAGGGUAAAGAAGGAGAGCUGCUGGUUCGAGGUCCGUCUGUUUUCAAGGAGUACUGGAACAGACCCCAGGAGACCAGAGAGGCUUUUACUGAUGACGGCUGGUUCAAAACAGGAGACACAGCAGCCUACAGAGAUGGCGUGUACUGGAUCUUGGGCCGCAGCAGUGUUGACAUUAUUAAGAGUGGCGGUUAUAAGAUCAGCGCCCUUGAGGUGGAGCGACACCUAUUGGCUCAUCCAGACAUCCUUGAUGUUGCUGUGAUCGGCGAACCAGACGCUACAUGGGGUCAAAAGGUCACUGCUGUUGUUCAGCUGAGGAAAGGCCAGAGUAUGACUCUACCAGAAUUAAAGACCUGGGCAAGGGAGCACAUGGCGCCCUACAUCAUUCCGACAGGUCUGGUCCUCGUGGAGGAAAUGCCGAGGAAUCAGAUGGGAAAAGUCAACAAGAAGGACCUUCUGCGACACUUCUUUCCGUGACUGGAUGGCUUUGAUAUUUGGAAAAGCCAGAGUGUUUCUUCAAGUGUGCCGCUCCUCCAGGAUAUUUCUCUUUUUCUUUCCUCCCAGUUCAGACAGACCUUUCACAUUAUUGUACUGAAAAGAAACUGAAACGAGGGAUAAACAUUCUUUGUAACCUAAACACAACUUCAGAGGCAAAUCUGUUCAGCUGCUGUUUGAAAGACUUACUUUGAUGAAACCAAAUAAAGUCUAAACUCCUUAAUGAGGCAGGAAUAGGGAUUCCAUGAAGGAAAAAGAAGAAGAAAAUGUCAAGUCUGCUUGCAAAUAUUUUUGUAAUGUGCCGAGCUGUUGAAAAGAUUUUAUUGUGAGUUCUGCUUCAAAUUACAAACCGAAGAGUUUAUUAUAGAAAAGAUGAUUUCUGCUUCUCUAAACUGAACUCUGCUCACAAAAAAGAGUUUUCAGUAGUUUUUAUUUUUAUGAAACUGUAGAAACUAUAGUAUUUACUAAAAAAAUUAUAUUUCUCGUAUGCCAUAACAACACAAUCUUGGAUGGAUUUAUUCAGGCCUUCUGUGCCUCUCCCCCAGUUUUAGCCUUUAAAAGGCUUUAACCUUGUUUAACGCUGACCAGCUUGUCCUAAGUUGAAGCUUCCCCACAGCAUGAUGCUGCCACCACCUUCUACCGUGAAAUAAACUGUGAUGUUUUUUUAAUUAAGCACUUUUCUCCCUAUUUUGCUCAGAUGUUUAAGGCAGACAGCCAUUGCUGGUAGUUGUGCUGACAGUUUUUAAGGACAGACUGAGCAGUGCUCUGUGAGAUAUUCUAAACCUUGAGAUUUUGUUUUACAAUCUAGUUCUGUUUGAACUACUUCAUAGUUUUCACCCUGACCUGUCUGCUGCGUAUCUUGUUCUUUAUGAUGCUACAGACUUCUCAGACCUUUUCAGAACAGCUUCAUUUGUUUUGAAAUUAUUGCACAUGCGAUAUUCUUUAGAUCUUUAGAAGUGCCCAAGAAAAAUUGACUAAAUACAACUACAGGCCUCACUUUUCAGUGUUUUAUUUCAUUUUUUUCUUCCAUUUUGCAGUGAUUCACUACUCUGAGAUUUUGGUGUAAAAAUCCCUGUAAAUUAUGAAGAGGUUUUAAAUUGUAUUGUGGCCGAAUUCCUGAAAGUUCAAGAGGUACGAGUUCCUUUCCAAGGUGCUGUGUUUUAUGCUUUUUGCAUCAUACAAUGACAUGAAUUAGUAUAAAUCUUCCAUGUUCAGAAAAUUAAACUUUUGCAUUAGAUUCUUUUGGUAAGUAUUACUAUAACGGGUCAUGCUCCAUUUAACAUCACAUACUUUCCAUAGAAUCAAUAUAGCAAAGGACCUCAGAAACAAGGUCUCCUAUGUAAAUAACUAUAGACUUUUGUGUUAAUAACCAAAUAAAGCACAAGUUUUUGUAGCUUUAUGAGUUGAGACUUUUGGGAUUGGAGGUUUAGAAGGACAAAAGGGAGUCUAAACAGAAAUUUGUGAUUUUUAUCAAAUCAUUGCUAAGAAAAAAGCCUUUGUCCUUCUAUGCAUUGAACAAAUUUUGCACUUUAAUUCCUGCAAAAGUGAAAAAAAAUCUGAAAAUAAAAAAAAUUUUCAUUUUAAAAACUUUACAGACUUUUUUUAAUCAACAAUUUAUCUCAUUUGCAUAAUG